CCGAGCGCCGGUGGAGCUGCAGCCCCGGGGCGAGCCAAGGGGGUCACGCCGGAGCAUCAGGACCAUGGCCAGCUCCCGCCUCUGCCGGCUCUGUCUGGGCUACUCGCUGCUCGUCCUGCUGGCCGCCGGCCAGGAGCCCCUGGGGCCCAGGGCUGCAGACAGCAAAACCCAAGAAGAAAAGGACCUGAUUGACGCUCUCCAAGAGGUGCUGGAGAAACUGAAGACGGAGCGGCUGCCCUCCAUAGAGAAGAAGCUGGGCUCAGUGGCCUCGUGCGACGCCGGAGAGCCAUGUGCCGUGAGGAAAGGAGCCCGGAUCGGGAGACUCUGCAGCUGCCCCCGCGGGACGGCCUGCAACUUCUACAUCCUCAAGUGCUUGUGAGGAGGACAGGACAGGGCGGGGGGACGGGGGCCUGUGGAGCAGCUUCUGGUCCUAAUCUCUCCACCUUGCCUGUUUGGCAGCUGGCAGGAGGUGGGGUUGGUUUUUCUCCUGUGCUCGUCACUUCCCCCACGGCCCUGAAGGCUCCCUCCCCAUCCGAGUGCCUGCGAUGGAAGGAGCUCUUUGUGCAAAGUGCGCCAUUGCUUUGCUCCCCUGCGGGAUGCUAGGAGAAGCCAGUCUGGCCUGCUUUUCCACGGUGCCAAGCCCCUGAUCUCAGUGGGGCCAGCAGCUCUGAGAAUCAGCUCCCAUGUCCCUUCUCCCCGCUUUCCCUGCCUGGAGAUCUGGGGACAAAGCUUCUCUGCUCAGUGCAGAGGGAGAGGCUGCUGGCUGCAGCCUCUCGUGUCUCUGCUUGGUCCCUGGCUGUGGGUAGAGUAGCCUGGGGGUUGCUCUAACAUGGCCCCGAGGUACCAGCUGCCAGCACACUGCUCUCUGGCCCCAUCUCACCCUGCCGUGGCUCCUGCACAAGAGGCCACGAGGAGGCUAGCAUAGGAGCCAGCCACAGAGACUUCAGUGCCUCCUGGGAAUCUCUCAUGCCGGGGAAGGGAAGCAGGUGGACGAGCUUUGCUCCCAGGGGCUGGCUGCUAAGGCCUGGUCUCCGAGUUCUCGGUUAUCUGAGCACCAGGGGCAUCCCUGCAGUGCCAGUAGGGGUGGCUUUGGAUUGUCUCUCCCGGGGAGGAAGGAGCAGCAGGAAGAGGGGACCUGAGCCAACCAUGCCACAUGCAAACACCGGAGAUGAGCAGAACAUCCCCCUAGCCAAUCAUUCUCCCUGCUCCCUAGCUGUGCAGAACGGCAGGGGAGGGGAGGGAGUGCUGGAGGCAAUAGGUAAUGAGAGGAAGGCUGGCCUGGGGGGUUAAGGCACAGGGCUGGGAUCCAGGUUCAAGCCCCAGUUCUGCUAUGGACUCCUGGUGUGACUGGGGCAAAACACUCAACCUCACGGGCCGGUAACAUGGAUAAUAACACUCCUUGGCCCAUCGUGUCUAUUUAGACUGUGAGCUCCCCAGGGCAGGGACCACCUCUGACUCUGUGUUUGUGCAGCACCCGGACAACAGGGCCCCCAUCGCAGCUGGGACCUCUGGGCAUAGAGAAUCAGACUUGGUUCUAGAUAAUCUUCUAGCAUUCCCCACAGGCAGCAGUCCCCGUGGGGGGGGGAUUUUCUCUCGUUUCUAGAUUGUAUCUGCUUUAGCCCAUCCCUGCAAUUCAAACUCACCGGGAAAUAACCAGAGACCAAGGCAGACCACAGCAGCAGCCUGCACCCACGGAGAUACAGGGGGUGUUUGCACGGUCUGUGCUCUCAGCCGGUAGCAGCAGCAAAGAAACCUGCCCCCCCGAGAUACAGCAUGAAGUGUGCACAUUGACCGCCCGUUGCAAUGAGCAUCAGAGCUCCCCCUGCUGGAGCAGGAGGGCAGCACGAGCUGCUGGUGCAACAGGAAAAUGGUCACACUGAAGGCCCUGAUUCUCCAGGUGUUUAUUAGCUCCGGUGCCAGAUGGGUACGAGAAACGUUCCCGAAGCAGUCUGCUAAAACAGCUGCUGUGCACUUUGCCUAGUUGUGCCAAUGGCUGAACAAGGGGCAGGCCCAGGGAGGAGCAGCCCCCGACGGGCAGGGAGCGUAAAGGAGAUGGGAAAGAAAUAGGGACAUGGGCCCUUGUAGGGGGCGGUUUCUUUCAAAAGCUGCAUCUGCCCUGAAAUCCCACCCCCCUCCCGCUUCGUCUCCCAGAGCACAUUCAGCCUGUGGUGAGCCCACGCAGUCAUGGACGAGGGUGCUAACACCAGGCCCCUAUUAAAUGAUUUGUACUCAA